GUCUAGUGCUACGGCUGAUGUCAGUGGUCUAUCCUCGGCAAAAGAAGGAGAAGGAUUCUUACUACGUCACACCUGGCCCUCUCUUCUUGGAUCAAGAGCUCAUCGAAAAGUACUACCACAUUCCUCAAUGUGAAGCAGCAAGGCAAAUCGGCAUCUCCUUGACAUGCUUGAAAAGUGCGUGCAGGAAGUUAGGGCUUCGAAGGUGGCCCUACACAAGGAAGUACUUCAGGAAGCAUGAGGGUGAAGCUGCAAGUCAGGAAGAUUCACAGACCAGCGAGACCCCGAGCAACAAUCCUGAUGAAAGUCCUGAAGAACACGAUGAAGACAUUUAUCUGUCAUUCUCCGACAUUAUUUACACUGAAGUUAUUGACCACAUGAUGGGUAAAUUUGAUUCCAACGAAACAGUCCCGAGCGCCAGCGUCAAGGACAAUGCAACAAGGACGGAGAGUGAAGAUCGGAGUCUGUUCCCUGAGCUGAAAGACAUCGAGUGACUGUUUCAAGGCUUUACAGCUUCUUCGGUUGCAGUGUGCCCUUCGUUGUAAUUGCAGUGUGCGCUUUUUUCCUUGUAGGUUUGACGUAGGUUGAGUUGUACAGAGGCGUGAAUGUCGAGGAGGAAGCAGAAAUGACUGAGCUCGAUGUAUGUGUUGCGUGUUUCUUUAAUGUACUCAUGUAUUGUUCACCUGAGUGCCUGUAAAAAUUGUUUGAAUUGUUACACAAAGAACAAACUUGUAUUGAAUAAAGGGAAACAUUAAUCUCA